AUCACUUCGCUGUCGGAGCGCAUUCUGUUGCAUGUGAGUGCCUCGGAGCUUCGUCGGAGCUCCAACAUCGUUUUGGAAGAGGAAUACUCCGCUCUUGACGAAGUUGUGAAUGAAAUUGUUGCGGUUUUCGCCGAAGUAGAAGAAGUACGCGAUGCUGUGAGCCAACUGGAGCAGCCACCAGACGCAGCGAUACGCUCGUAGAAGUCAUGGACAGCACGUUGCAAUUGCAUCAAACCUUGGAUGAUAAACUGGAAAACCUGGCAAGUGGAAUAAAGAUGGUGCACUUGAAAGUGGAAGAAGAAGAGCCGAAUAACGCAAAGAGAAAGCGAGAGGAGGCGGAUGAAAUGGAAGACGCUUCUUCCAGUGACUCGUCAUCAUCAUCCCCCAGUAGUGGUAGUGACGACGACAGUGAAGAAGAAGACUUGAAUAGACACAAGAAGAUGAAGGUAAUAGAGCAGUCGAAGCACCCUCAAGGUAGCGAAUCUCCUCAUGCUAGCGGCAUAAAUGUAAGUGCGGAUCUGUCUCUAGCACACGAGGCUCUCGCCUUCUUUACGACGUUAAAGCCCGGUAACGCUGACAUGACUCACACAUGGGCAACGACGCUGUUCAACCUCAAGCUGCUGCUCAAUCGCCUCUCUAAUCGUGAUGCUCGUACGGAUAAACCGACUGCUGAAGUCACUAGCCAAGCACUUGAAGCUGCUGUCACUGCAUUCAGUAAGCUCGAGAGGACAGCUGAAGUCACGGAGCAAGUGCGGGCCUUGCUUGCUGCAUUGAACGACGCUUGCCUCAAGAACGAGGUCCUGAGGGUUGUUUUCUACCGAGUUCGAGAUGAACUGGAAAGCCUGGAGAUGAGCAAUCCCCGCACAGCAUUAGAAACGUCAGGAAUGGUGUUGAGUUUCAAGGAACUUGUUGACAAGAUUGCGAGUUUGCCAAGCACUGAAAAGCCGAGCCGCAUUCUCGAAGCGCUCGAUGUGAUACAUCACGUCAUGGUAGAGGAUCCUCACUGCACUCGUCAAGCCGAGGCGCGCUACUCAGCUGAUGUCGUCAAGUACUGGAUUAGUGCAAUUCCCUUCCAACAUGAACUGGGCAAAGCAUACGAGACCUACGCGUCCAGUUUUGCGGAGUAUAGUACAAAAAUUGCUGGUCGCACUAACCAGGUUGGAUGGAAAAGACUUGCUGAUAAGCUGCACAAGUUGAUAAGAAGGAGGAGAAAACAGACAAAGAUCACGUCGUGUGUACCGCCAACGCUGUCAAAAGCUACAACGAGAAAACGGGACCAGCUGAUGGCGAUAAACGCUGAAGCUACGCAGUGGCGAGAUGGCAACUUUACGUUGGACCAACUGAAAAAAAACAUCAAGGGACUUGGAGAAAUAGUGUCGUACCAGGCUAAGGACUGGGAUUUUCUAGCGGACGUUAACGUUCGUUUGUGUGUGAACAAGUUAAUUCGCUGCAGCCACAUGAUCCCGAAGGAAGAGCAGCGAGAAAAAUACCUCAAGACUCUCAAGAGGUGGAAGAAAAAGAUUGCCGCGUAUCAGGAACUCAUCAAGAGGAAAUAA